AUGCCUCCCUCGUUGCAGAAACCCACAAAGACACACACCCGUAGCCGAACAGGCUGUCUGACAUGCAGAAAGCGGCACCAGAAAUGUGACGAGCGACGGCCGAUUUGCGGAAACUGUGUAACUGUGGAUAAACCAUGCGAAUACUCGACCGCUGUUCUCCCGCUGCGUGAGAAGAGGAAGAAAUUCUUGCCAGGCGAGCAACAACCCUGGAAGCCGGCCGAUGGAACAGUCAUGACCAUGUCCCAGGAUCUUGGGCCCUGCAUAUCUAGUGCGAGGCGACCAAUCACCAUGGCUUUCAAGUCUGAUGAGCUCUUUCACUACUUCUACAAGUUGGAGGAUCCCAGCGAUAUUGCCCCCAAGAAGAAACGACAAGAUUUACUGGCAUCCGUCACGCAUAGCGCUGAUGCUCUGCGCAACACCAUGCUUAUCGCAAGCUUACACUACGCCUGGAAUGCCGGCCAUUUGAGGUCAUUCGAGCCUACUCUUCUUUUCCACAAGCUCGAGGCCAUGCGUCUCAUCAACAAGUCUAUUCUGGACUCGGAUGCCAAGUACAGUAUGUGUGUGAAGCAUAUUGCUACUCUAUGCUUAACAGAGUGUGCACUGGGAAACAUCACGGCAGCCGAGACGCAUAUGGAUGGCUUAAUGAAGUUUAUGGAUUUCCACAGACCAACCCAUCUCCCUAGUCCAACCGAGCCUGGUUUGGACGAUGAAUUAGCCAACCGAUAUAUCAUCCUAACUUACAACUUCAUCCAUGGCUUCAAAAGCAGAGUCAAAGAUAUUCUUCUCUUCAACGAUACCCGCGAAACACCAUCUCCCGAAAUGGUGGAGGAGCUCAUGCACAGCUGGCACAAAACCGAGAUGCAGGGUCUUGAUAUCAGACUCAAAUCAUUGAAGAUGCUUCCGUUUUUCUUUUCUGAACUGCCACCCUCUACAGAGUUUAUCGAUGUUGACGGGGAGGGAAUAGUUGACUGCUUGGUCACUCUUACAGCCACAUCCCGUCUGAGGAGUGAGUCGCCUGAUCCUUUUGACCAGAACGUGCUAUGGCAAGAAGGCGCGGCUACUAGACUCCUGCUGGCUUUUGUGAAUACGCAUAUUGAGUCGAUAUCCGGUGGCAGAAAGACAAGUUCAAAGCGUGCCCGGUUGGCGUCGUCCUGGUCUGGAUUGGCUACCGCAACAGGCCUAUACCUUCACGCAAUCUUGCAAUUCUGGAACGCAGGCGAACCAAUGAAACCGCCUCUGCACCGUCGCAUUUUACACAUUCUGCAGCAAGAUUUGGAAGGUACUCGACAUCAUCUUGGUUCUCGUUCUCGACUUGUCUCGAAGCUUUGGUUCUGGAAGGCAUUUGUCGGGGCAAUGAGCGUGGAGAGGCAUGUGGCGUUUGAUACUGAGGGUGUCUUGGUCGAGUUGGGAGGUACGUUUAGGGAGUUUGUGAGGGGAUGGAGUAUUGUGGUUGGGGUGACGCAAUGGGGAGAUGCGAGAGAGGCGUUGAGGAAGAUUGCUUGGCCUGGAUCGUUCGAAUCGGAGUAUAUGGCACGGGAUUUGUGGUACAGAUGCGUGGCAACGCAAUGA